AGAUGCUAGCAUGAAAAUGGUUGGCGUGGACCAUGUUCCGGUCGACAGUGAUUAUAGCACCUAUACGUACACCAUUGCACCACGACCUGAGUCUUACAACAACAGCAAACAUCACCUCACCACGGCAGAAUGCCACCCUCAAAUCGAGAGCCCGAAGAAGCCAUCACAGAAGAAGAGAUUCGCGCCACAGAGCCACCCAAGAAUGCCUUCACGGAGCUCAUGUCCCCCAAACCACGCCUGCCAACGCCAGGAACACACGCACGCGCCCAGCUCCAUCCCUCAAAGGACCGCGCGGGUCUAGGUGCCUACCUCCAUGAUCCCGCCUCUUCCGCGCGCGUCAUCACAUACAGCGAUGACUUUGUCGCCAUCCAUGACAUGUUCCCCAAAGCCACGGUGCACACCCUCCUGCUCCCACGAGACCCCGACGUCAACCUCGUGCACCCGUUCGAUGCACUGGAUGACGACGCCUUUCGAGAGAAAAUCGUAAAGGAAGCCGCCAAGCUGAAGGAUCUGGUCGCGCGGGAACUACAGAGGUUACUAGGCAAGCAUAGCAGGGCUGACGCUGAGAGGGAGGCUAUCCUCAACGGCGACAAGGAACCGACGUCAGCCGAGCUGCCAGCGGGGAGGGACUGGUCGAAGGAGGUCAAGGUGGGCGUCCACGCCGUGCCGAGCAUGUCCCAUCUUCACGUCCACGUGCUGUCGAGAGACAUGCACUCCCCACGGAUGAAGCACAGGAAGCACUACAAUUCCUUCACGACGCCCUUCCUCGUGCCCCUGGAGGACUUUCCGCUGGCAGAGGAUGACCCGAGGCGGCGGACGGGGGAGGAGGCGUAUCUCAAAUGGGACCUCAAGUGCUGGCGCUGUGGGAGGAAUUUCAGAAACAAGUUCAAGGAACUAAAAGAGCACCUCGAGAUUGAGUUUGACGAAUGGAAGAAGGAAUAAUAACUGUGCGCCUCACUCAAAAUUGAGAACCGAAACGGGAGACAAGUCAUUCCAUGCCGAGUCCAAGGCCACGUUUAUUCCGCUGUGACGAUCGCAAUUCUUCAUCGAUACACCGAACAACAAGAGCUCGGGGUUGAUGCAGUGUCCUGUACAGUUCCCAUUAAAAACCCAUCGCCUUCCACCCGCAGAGAAGA